CGUCACGGACAUAUUUUGAAGUGACACUUGCGAACUCAGGCUUGAUUCCGUCCAUUGACAACAGUCCUUAUAAAAACUGGGUAUUUUUCAAAGCAGCUGUAUCACAUUUCACCCCUCGCAUUACAUUAGUUUGUCCCUAAAUGUGUUUUAGUCGUUGUUCAUGUUAUGCGUUUGAUUAAAUCCAGACCAGAAAGCGAUUGGACUCGUUGUUUUGCUAGGUAAGCUAACAGUGGUUAUUUGACUGAGUGUGCCUGUCAAACCGGUCCUACCACGGACCACACCGCGUCUUCAUUGAGAGGAGGACGGACUGGAAACAUGACGAGUUUCGCCACUAAAGUGUUCUGUAGGGUGGAGAGGGUGUGCCAACACCUGCCGGUGGCCCUCAAUACCUUCCUGGUCUUCUCCAUUACCGGAGAGGUGAGCUAUCUGGUGCUGGUCGAGGCUCCGCUAGAGGCAGAGCAGAAGAAGACGGUGUGGUCCGCCUGGUGGAAGGUGAUCCACCUGCUGGCCCAGUACUUCAUGCUGGGAAACAUUUGCUGGAACGCACUACUCUUCCUCAAAACCAGUCCCAGCAUCAAGGGGGUGUUCCUGGGAGGAGAGGGCGUAGGUCAAGGGUGGAGGUACUGUUAUACAUGUGAGACACACACUCCACCUCGCUGCUCCCACUGCUAUGACUGUAAAGUGUGUGUGCUGCGGCGCGAUCAUCACUGUGUGUUUUUCGGCCAGUGUGUUGGCUUCCGUAACUACCGCUUCUUCCUGAGCUGCCUGUUGUUUAUGUGGUCUGGACUACUGUAUGCCACGCUGAUGAACGCAGAGGUCUUCAUUGUUAUAUUGAAGGAGGGGGUGACUCUGCACAGCAUCCUGCUGCUGCUCAUACCCUGGAUCAUGCUCGUUUCAGGUCAGGUCUCAGCACGCGCCUUUGCCUUUGCCUUCAUUGCUGACACAUGUGUGGUGGGUUUCUUGCUGGUGUCUGCAUUCUUCUUCUUCCAUCUCUUCCUGAUGUUUCGGGGACAGACUACCAGGGAGUGGUACUCGUCCCGCCGACCCUACAACCUGGGACUCCUGGGCAACCUGCGUCAUACACUGGGCCUUCGCUGGUACCUCUGCUGGCUCUGCCCACUCAUCCCAUCACCUCUACCUGGAGAUGGGAUAAUCUUCCAGGUCACAGGAUCACUGGAACCCACACGAUAACAGCCAAAAAGUCUGAAUAUUAACACACCUUGUGUCUUUACUUUAGUGGUGAUGAUUAACAUAAUCGGGGAGCAAAAGCAGGGAAGAUCACCUCAGUUGAAGAGGAGAUAGCUUGGGAUGGGAAAGAGUAAUGUGUGGUUGUUCAGAUGUUUGUUGUGUUUGCUGCCUACCAGUAUAUGUAUCCUUUAUCUGAGGAUGGGUCUGCUUUGGAACCUACAUUGACUUAAAUCUAAAGGUUAUCUGUAAACUCACUGAGGCUGGCCUCAAGGUUCUUUGGAAUACUGAGCACUGAAAAUGUAAGAAAGCAACACUGAAACAAGAAUGUACCUUAUUAAUGUUGAAAAAUGCACAAUUUCGAUUCUGCAUUAACAAGUAUUUGUGAUAUAGACGAAGACUCCUGCUAUGAUUGACAACUUAACUGCACUUUUCUUGUACAGUUAAGCUGCCUAAAUAUGAAGGUUAAAAAUUGGCUUGCACUGUUCCUGAAUAAACUAUAGGAUUAUAAAACACAUCAUACACCUGCUUACUGCUAUGUUAUAGCUGCUGUGAUUGAAACAUGUUAUGUUUUUCCUACUCACAAGCUAAGUUUAUUACACUCAAAUUUGAUCUGGUUUAUGACAAUGAUAAUGCCAUGUUAACAUCUACAGUACCACGUAUAUGUAUACGUAUAUGACAACAAGUUGUACGUGAUGGAAAAUCUAAUGUUGCUAAUUUACAAGUUUACAGGCUAAUGUAGUACGGCCUAUCAAUGCUAAUCAUGUGAAGUUUUUGUCACAUCAAACUGUCCAUGUAUCAGUGACAGUUAAAAAAAACAAGCCUACAGAUUCAGAAAUCUACUGUGCCACACUUUAUUACUAUGUGCCUAUUUUUCCUGCGCAUAUACAGUGUUUUACACAUUUAUUAGACCACCUGUCAUAAAAACGAGAGAAUAUAAAUAUUUUGGAAAUCUUUCAAGAAUGUGUUUCAGACUAAAACUUUUAUUGUUAUUAAUAUGGCAAAUAACAAACUGAAUUCACCUUUUUAUACCCACCUUUAGCUGGCUCACUGGGCUUAUUUGAGACAGUAAAUCUGAAAAUUCAUGGAUAACAAUAGUAGUCAUAGCAUUAAAAAUAUCAUUUUGGUUAAAGAGCUUCUACAUACUGGUGUAUUAACCAUUACAGAAACAUAAAAAUGUAUUUGAUAAUUACUCAUGCUGUUAAUUUAGGCCAGCUGUGGCUUUGUGUGGUGGUCUAAUACAUUUGUUAAGCACUGUACAUAAUAUCAACAUACAAUUUGUUUUAUUGGUAAAAUAUGUUUAUAAGUAUAAACCAAAUGGUAACUUCAGAAUGUCAAAUUUAAUCAAUUUAAUCAUCAUGUCCUUAAAAUGUCACAUGCCUUUUUGGUGCUCUUACUUUUCAUAUAUGUAAUUUACAUUACAACCAGAAUGU